AUGUCCUAUGACCGGUAUUUGGCCAUCUGUAAGCCCCUGCAUUACAACUCUAUAAUGAACCAAUCAAUUUGCAUUAAAUCAGUGAUUAUCAUUUGGUUAUUAAGUUUUAAAAUUACAUUGGUUGAUUUCAUAUCUUUGUGCAGUUUAUAUUACUGUGGACCAAACAUCAUUCAUCACUUCUUCUGUGACUAUGAACCCAUACUUGAGCUUUCCUGCUCCGAUACUUCAUGGCUCCAUAUUCAGACCUAUGUAUUAGGUUUCAUCUGUGUCGUAGCACCUUUCAUAUUAAUUGUUAUAUCUUAUAUAUAUAUUGUUUUAGCCAUCCUCAAAAUUAAAUCAAUUACAGGAAGACAAAAAGCCUUUACCACCUGCAGCUCUCACUUGACCGUAGUGUGCAUGUUUUACGGGACGCUAAUCGCUGUGUAUUUGUUUCCAACAAAAGGACAACUGGAUAUUCUGAACAAGAUCCUCUCCCUCUUUUAUACUGUAAUGACUCCAUUGCUUAAUCCCAUCAUAUACACAUUCAGGAACAAGGACUUUAAAAAAGCUAUUGAUAAAAUAAACCCAUUUUUUAAAAUAAAAAUGCAAUUGUAA